AUGGGUAACAACCAGUCACGACCGUCCGAUGCUGCUGUUAAUGAGAAGUUGAUGGAGCGACUCCAGGCACUCCACAUGAAGGAUGAACGACCCAUGAACGAGAAGGAUGGAUUUGUCGUUGUUGGCGGAGAGGCUCCACCUCGAUACACCCCCGGCGUCAAGUACCGACAAGAUGUAUCUGCCGCCUCAGUGUCAGAGUGGGAGAAGGAGCUCAUGGAAGACCCAAAGAACCGCCUCGCUCUCGCAGCUCUUAGCUCCAACUCUGCCAACGCCGUACUUUCAUCCCGAUCCGCUGUCAUCGCAGACACCCAGAAGUUCAACAUCAAGAUCCCCUUCGAGGGCUCGCCUGUCACAAACCAAGCCUCAUCUGGAAGAUGCUGGCUCUUCGCUUCCACCAACGUCUUCCGCGUCGCUAUCAUGAAGAAGUACAAGUUGUCCGAGUUCCAGCUAUCGCAGGCAUACCUCUUCUACUGGGACAAGAUUGAGAAGGCAAACUACUUCCUCGAAAGCAUACUGGAUACAAAGAGUGAGGAGAUUGACAGCCGCAUCGUGCAGGCGCUGAUGUCCAGCCCUGUCGGUGACGGCGGACAGUGGGAUAUGGUGGCCAACCUCGUGCAGAAGUACGGUCUGGUACCGCACUCGCUGUACCCAGACUCGUUCAACGCGUCCAACUCGUCCACCAUGGACCGUCUGAUCACCACCAAGUUGCGGGAGGAUGCCGUCCGUCUACGUGCCAUCGCAUCCAGCAACGCAUCGCCAGACGCGAUCAAGGCGACUAUUGCCGAAGAGAAGGAGAAGAUGCUGCGCGAAAUUCACCUGAUCCUAACACUGAUGCUAGGACCUCCCCCGUGCUCUACCAAGCCGUUCACCUGGGAGUACUAUGACAAGGACGGCAACUUCUGCACCGUCAAGACGCGACCCACCGCCUUUGCGAAAGAACUCUCCGACAACAAGACCGUCCGCGCGCUGUCUGGAACGGACGUGCACUCGCUCUUCUCGCUUGUAAACGACCCGCGCAACCCUUACAACCGUCUGCUCAGCGUGAAGCGACUCGGUAACGUCUGGAACGGCCGACCAGUGACGUAUGUGAAUGUCGACAUGAAGACCAUCAAAGAUGCUUGCAUUGCGAUGCUGAAGAAAGGCAUGCCCGUCUUCUUUGGUUCGGAUGUAGGCAAGUACUCCGAUUCCACCAAGGGAAUUAUGGACACCGAUCUCUUCGAGUACGAGCUGGGCUUCAAUAUCAAGCUCGGCAUGUCCAAGGCGGAGCGUCUGCAGACCGGUGAGAGCCAGAUGACGCAUGCUAUGGUGCUGACGGCUGUACAUGUUGUUGAUGGCAAGCCCGUGCGCUGGAGGGUGGAGAACUCGUGGAGUGAGCGUGCAGGUGACAAGGGCUACUUUGUCAUGAGCGAUGCUUGGAUGGAUGAGUUUGUGUACCAGGCCGUCGUCGAUCCCAGCGUUGUCAGCUCGACGAUUAAGAAGGUGCUCGAGCAGAAGCCGAAGAUGCUGGAGCUGUGGGACCCGAUGGGCGCGUUGGCGUGA